GGCGCCCGGGUGUAGUUCCCUUCUUUUGUGUCGUCAUCCACGCAGUGCAACUCAUAAUAGUCGAACCAAUAAAUUUCAAAUAUUGAAUAGUUAGGAAAACCCCCUAUAAAUCUCCCACUUCAUUGCUUCAAUCAACUCAAUCAAUUAAUCCAUCUCCACACACACACAUACAAACAUGAAGAAACUUCCCUUCUUUCUUCUCAUUUUGCUACUUAUAAUAAUUUGUGUUCACUCCCAAGUAACCCCUCCUACCCCAGCCCCAGCCCCCCUCCCACCCUCACCCCCACUCCCAUCAAUGAUGAGGUAUGUGCUUCAAUGGCCACCAACUCUUUGCAUGACACUAGAAAAUGGAAGGUGCAAAGAACCAAUUCCUGAAAAUGAAUUCCUACUCCAUGGCCUUUGGCCAGCAGAUGAAAAUGGAAAUGUCAUGGGAGGCACCCCCAAACCACCUGACCAAAAAUGGAAUGCAACUCUGGUCAAACCAUUGGAAGUUUACCUUGUACCCUUCUGGAGAUCACUUAAACAAAAUUUCAACAAUAUGGGGUUAUAUAAGCAUGAGUUUAAAAGGCAUGGAAUAUGGGCACAAACAGGUGUAGAAGAAUACUUCAAAACAUCAAUAAGGAUCAACAACAUCUUUUUUGUAACGAGGAACUUGUACAAUUACUUGGAAACAAGUAAUAUUAUUGCUUCUGAUACCUCGGAUUAUACUGAAAAUGAUAUUGUUAAUGCUAUUCAAAAAGUAUUUGCCUCGCCUACUCCUCUAUCGCCAUCACUUGCACCACCACAUGACCCCUUUCUCUCACCGGCCCCUGCGCCAUCACAUGACCCCUUCAAUAUUUACCUCUCUUGUACUUUGAUUGACACAAAACUUUACUUGAAUGAGGUUACCUUUUGCACUUAUCCCAAUGGGACUAAAUUUAUUUCAUGCCCUCAUCAAAUACCUGAUCCUCUAAGACGAUGCGAUGGAGCUAAUAUUAUGCUACCUCUUGCAAGAGCUCAACCGUCGAUUCCACCACCACCAUCACCACCAUCUCCGAAUAAAUUUCAGGAAGAAGAAUGUGGGACAUAUCCAAUAUUUGAACGUUCAUGGGCUAAAUAUAUAUUCAACGGUUGGAUUUAA